GUAAAUUCUGAAGGAACGGGAGAUCUUCAUGUAAUUACCGUCCCAAUGGGUCGUUCAAACACCCAUUCCCGUGCACCUGGAACCUCAACAGCAUCUCUGGGUAAACCCCCAGAUUAUUUUUUAGUUGCAGAAAAACCCCCAAGUUAUGAAGAAGCUAUGUCCAUGCUACCACCUUGUAGAGCUAGUCAGUCAGGUGUUCUUCAGUUGAAUGCAGAUGGUGGCUUAGAGGACUUUCUUACCCCACAUCAAGUACCAGAGCAUUAUCUUGAGGGUGCCACUGGAGGGGGCUCCCCACAGCCUCAGUGUCCGAGGUCUGAGAAUGUUCAGAGUGGAGGCCAAGAGACUCCACUCAGCCCACCUUCCCCACCUCCUGCAUAUUCAAGCCAAAUGUCCCUUAGUGCCUCACCAUGCAGCAGUAACUAUAGCAACCGUACUUCACCUGAAAUGGAAAGUGGACCCAAAAAUAUCUGGGAAGUGCAGGCUAGUGAGCAACAUAAGUCUGCAAAGAAGGGGUCAAAGCAAUCAUCUAUGGACAAGAGCAUGCAUUUGGACCUGCGGGAGGAACUACAAACCCACUUUCACUCACUUUGA